AUGUCCUUCGUCCCCUGCAUGUCGGCCAGGCGCGCUGCGAGGCCCCUUCUGAACCAUGGCUUGAGGGGCCAGCUCGCGGGGCCUACCGCCCGUGCCGGUCGGAGCUUCUCGGCGACGGCCACUCAACGGAGCGGCUCUCAGGCCAACGCCGGCGGUUCGGCCAACAACGUGCAACACGGUUGGAGUGGGAGGUCAGUUUUGGCAGUCGCUUUGGCCACAGGCACUGUCGGAUGGGGUCUCGCCAGUUCGACGAGGGACAACUCCGCCGGUGCUGGCUUCUUUCCCCUGGGCAGCGGUCUGCUCUCCCCGGAUAGCCAGUCUCGUCCAAUCAACUACGCCACGAUAGAGGAGAUGGAGCAGGCUCUGAAGGAAAUUCGACAGGAGCUGGGCGGCGAGGACAUCAUCUCCACCGAUCCGGAAGACUUGCACGCUCACGGAUAUUCGGAGUGGUCAUCAUCCAACCCUGACGGCCUGCCCGUCGCCGUCGCGUACCCGCGCUCGACAGAGCAGGUGUCGACGAUUGCCCGAGUAUGCUUCAAAUACAACGUUCCCAUCAUCCCUUACUCGGGAGGUUCUAGCUUGGAAGGAAACUUUUCGGCCCCUUACGGAGGAAUCAGCGUCGACUUCGCCUUCAUGGACCAGAUCCUUUCCUUCAACAAGGAGGACAUGGAUAUCGUCGUGCAGCCCAGCAUUGGAUGGCAGGAUUUGAACGAGAAACUCUCAGAACUGGAGAGCGGUCUCUUCUUUCCCAUCGACCCAGGCCCGAGUGCUAAGAUUGGCGGAAUGAUCGGUACUAACUGCUCGGGUACUAACGCGGUCAGAUACGGAACCAUGAAAGACUGGGUAAUCAACCUCACUGUUGUGUUGGCAGACGGCACUGUGGUCAAGACGCGACGACGGCCGAGAAAGUCGUCGGCGGGUUACAACCUCAACAGUUUGUUCGUUGGAUCCGAGGGAACGCUGGGAUUGGUGACAGAAGCAACCCUCAAGCUCACGGUUGUACCCGAAGACUUUUCUGUGGCGGUGGUCACGUUUCCCAGCAUCAGAGAUGCCGCAGCUGCCGCAGCCGAGGUCAUGCGCAACGGUAUCCCCGUGGCGGCCAUGGAAAUCAUGGACGAGGUCCAGAUGAAGGUCGUCAACAUGGGCGGUGCAACGGCUCCCCGCGUCUGGAAAGAGCUCCCGACGCUGUUCUUCAAGUUCUCCGGCACCAAGGCCGGCGUCAAGGAGAACAUCAGCCUCGUCCAGAAGAUCACCAAGAACCACAAGGGUGGCAACUUUGAGUUCGCCAAGGAUGCCCUGGAGCAGAAGCUGCUGUGGUCUGCGCGCAAAGAGUCGCUAUGGUCGAUGUUGGCGCUGCGAAAGGAUGGCGAAGAAGUUUGGAGCACGGAUGUCGCGGUUCCCUUCAGCCGUCUGGCCGAUCUAAUCGAAGUCAGCAAGAAAGAGAUGGACGAUAUGGGGCUUUUCGCGAGCAUCCUGGGCCAUAUCGGGGACGGCAACUUCCACGAGAGCAUCAUCUACAACCGGACGAUCCCCGAAGAAAGGGAGAAGGUCGAGAAGUGCGUCCACAACAUGGUGAAGCGGGCUAUUGAAAUGGAGGGAACUUGUACCGGCGAACACUCGAUCGGCUGGGGCAAGAAGGGCUCGCUUCUCCUCGAGGUCGGUCCCGACACGCUCGACGUGAUGAAGUCCAUCAAGCGGGCGUUGGAUCCAAAGUGGAUAAUGAACCCUGGUAAGAUCAUGGAUAUUCCCCCCGGUUCAAGGACGAACUUGAGCUCCUAG